UUGCCCUUUGACAUCCGUGCGGGACAGGUGUCUUACCUGUACGUGCUUUGUUCGUGCCGUGUUGCCCCGCCCUGGUUCACUUCAGGUCAUUGUUACCUGACUCGUGCACAACAUGUCGGAUCCGCUCAGACCGUGACAGUCACGACAGACGGACGGCAACGAUCGGUGCCGUAGGUGGAACAAUCCAGUUCUGUAAAAAUUAGGCCACUGCAGUAGAUCACCAAGACAAGCGCUCGCGCUCUAACCCGUGGAUGUGCCAAUCGGCCAAACGACUAACCCGAAAGCUUUGGGUGGAUACUACAAACAGAGGAGUAUUGUCUGCAACAAUAAUAACAAGAACAACAGGUGACAGUCAGGAAGCUAAACAGUGAGUUGACGACCAUGGGUUGCGGCACCUCUCACGGCCCCGGCCCACCGCCACACCUGACGCCACGGGAAAACAAGCAACAGGAAACACUCAUCAGAAACGGCAAGACGGACCACGACCCACAGAUGACCAUACAAAAAGAACACCCAGACGAUAAGCCAAAGCCUAUGGCAGAGAUCAGCCCUCACGUGAAGGCUGCCGAGGAUGGCUUACAGGCGGAAGUGACGUCAUCAGAACAUCGCGUCAUCCAUGCGGGAAACGACUUUUCUACUGGAGAUGACCUUCCAGGUCUAACAGAAAUCAAACGGCCAGCGGACAUCGCCUGCAUCAGGUCGAAAAACAACGCCAAGUGGCCCAUACGCUGCUUCUGCAGCCUGGACUUUAACGUGAACGCUGGGUACGGAGGGUGUGCGUCUCUCCUGCUACUGUCAUGUAGCUACAACAAUAAGGACAACUCUACCACUGAGAUAAUCUUUCUUCGCUCUGGAUUCGACUGUAACCAUGUUGAGGCUAAGUCUUUGGUGAAGAGUCACGGCGGCCAUUUUGGAGCAGAGAAUGGCAUCAAGACAGACGAAGACGGCAGACUACUAGUAGACUGCCUUUUCGGAACGAACUUCGCCUGUCUGCUGUCUAACGACUCCCGCUGGGGUCACGGCGGGGUCGGGGUGGUGCUGGACGGCCCGGAGGAGCAGGGCGAGAUCGGCAAACUCCGCCUCAACGUCAACGGCGGGAACGGAGGGGGCACGUCUAUCCUCAUGUGCAGCGGGGUGGUGCCUGGCGUCGAUACUGCCAAGGUUGUUUCCUGUAUGUACGUGAUCAGCUCAGGGUAUAACGAAAACACCUUCCGGACGAAGAAGCUGUUCGACCACGGCGAGGACCUGUGGAAGUUCUCUGUGGACGGCGAGGGGAUCCUGCAGGCCGCAGGACCGAUGAGCAGCCGGUACGCCCUCUUCCACAACCGGGACACGUUCGUGCCGACUCCCGGUCAGGACAGGGCAGCAAAGGUUCGCCAUACACAGGCUUACCGAGGAGAUUCCCAGACCGUCCUGAUGUCGGAGUGCCGGAACUGUGGAGCGGCCUUGGUCCUCUGCUCCAGCAGUAGCGGGACCGAGACCGCCACGACUGCCUCCUUGUACGUGCUGACCAUAAUCACACAGGGGGAUCAGUAUGUGGAGGCCGCAUUUGUGGCAGGCAGCUCGGGAAAAGGAUCGUCUGAGUCGGCGGAUCAGUGGAAAUUUACGAUAACGAACGGGACACUUGUCGUGGAAGGUCCCCCUCUACCCUGUCGGUACGCCAUCUUGUCGAACCUCGCUGAAGACGAGCCCGACCCCAAAGGCCGUUGCCACCAAGAUGGCUGCCUAGCAACUAUCGACAGCAGCCCUGUCGGCGGGGUUGUGUCAGUGGACGGUAACGGGAUCCGCGGAUGGGUGACGGCUCCCGCUGAUGUCGUCAUCAAGGUGAACGAGAGGACGGUUGCCAUGGUGAAAGACACGGACCUGGUGUCAGUGGCAGCGGGGAGGAUGGCGUUCAUGAGGCGGUGGGCUGAAGGCGAGAUCACUGCAGGAUUACGUCUGGUCAGGGUGUUCGCCAUUAGGAAUGAUCAAAACGGCCAGAAGCGUCUGCUGGAGCUGGAGGGCUCUCCGUGCCAACACGUGGUCCAGCCGAAGGGUGUCCUGUUCGCCCUGAACACCGCCGGUCCGUCGUACCAGGCACUGGACAGCAUCGUGUACCUGAGCGAACAUCGUCUCUACCACAACUAUGAGACGGGUCCGCAGUCUAAAACUCUGGGACUCAUCAAACACACCAGUGCCAUGCCGCAGCUGCUGUGUGGAACCUACGAUGGUUUCAUCUAUGGGACUGCCCGCAAUCACAGCGCACAGACAGAGGAUGAGAACAGGGUCACCUACAACGUAGCGGACUUGCCUAAUGGAAACCACACCCUCACACUUCACUAUGUGGGAGGAGGAGGACAUAUCGUCAUCAACGGACAGAAAAGGGUGAAUUUCAAACCUGCGCAGACGGAGGCCUCUCCAGGCUACACGGCUCACACGUUCUCCACGCCCGUGGCCGUGUCUGGCGGUUCCCUGGAGUUCACGGCGUAUCCCUCCUACCUGUGCGGCUUCUCCAUCUGCGACGCCUCGUACGUCAAACCGGAACAAUCGCAAGAAGAUGUCAAGAGAGAACAUCACGAGAGAGCGAAGCUUGGUCUGGAGGCCACGCCCCUGCCGGACAGUCUGGAGAAGAAGAAGAUGCAGAUCGCGGGCUGGUCCGCAAACCUCCUGGAGAACGCCAGCGGACAGUUGGGGAACAUGUCUCACUGGAACAUAGGGGGCGACUGGAACGUCAUCGAAGGAGGACAUGGCACAGAGAAAUGCUUUGUGACGUCACAUAUGCGCUGCUCAAAGUACCAGGAGGUUGAUCUGACCAAGACGUUUUCCGAGGAGCAUCUUGACUCGGCUCCUGAGAUCCAGGUGUCAGAAUGGUACACCCAAGGCGUCUGUGGAGGAGGCUACUACACCCUAGAAGUCACGCUGAUGACGUAUGACGGAGAGGUCAUCAAAAGGUUUAGCAGUGGAGAGAAGGGAAACCUGUACUCCGGACAGUGGCACGAAGAGAAGGUCACAUUUACUGACUAUGGGACAGGAGUCAGACUGGUCGGGGUGCAAUCAUCAGGUAAAGAUGACAAGCACUGGGGCGGUCAUUAUGGUGCCCGGAUGUCCAACGCCUUCGUGCGGGUGAGGAGAGAAGCAACCGCGGCGGAGGAUGACGCGUUUGCUGACGUCAUACCCGAGAGCGUGACGGAAGAGGAGAGGACCCAGCAGGCAGCCGUGAGGGACAAGGUCGUGCAGAAAGUGCUGACGGAGAACGCCGAGCUCUGGGCACAAGACAGCAGCGAAGCCCGACCUAUGGAGGAUCCCCUCCCGUCAAUGGAACAAGGGGGAAAACAUAAAGACAGCGUUGAGAAUGAUAAAGAAGAAAAUACUACUACACGCGUACGACGGUCAGAGAAGCCGAAGCAGAGAGAGAUCAGAGUUUUUGUCUCCAGUACAUUCAAAGACUUUAAGGGUGAGAGAGAGUACCUCAUUAAGAAGACGUUCCGUGAACUGAACCGUCUGUGUGCCGAACGUUCCGUCUUCUUCACGUACGUGGACCUUCGCUGGGGCAUCACUAAGGAACAGUCAGAUGACGGUCGGACCAUCUCAAUCUGUCUCAAGGAGGUGGACCGAUGUCGCCCGUACUUCAUCUGUAUGAUGGGGGAGAGGUUCGGCUGGAGUCAGAAGAAGGACGAACCAGACAAGUUGCUGAACGCCAGUUUUGAUUACGCCAUCAAACACAAUGACGACCUGAAGUGGAUCGAUGACUACCGGUUCGACACAAGUGUCACACAGCUGGAGAUCCAACACGCAGCGCUGAACAAUCCUGACGAGGUUCGGCACCGCUGUUUCUUCUACAUGCGAGACCCCGUCAAAACGGAGACGAGCACAGUCAGCCCUGACGACAUACAGGUUUUCCUGUCGGAGAGUGACUGGCACUAUCAACACCAGUACAAACUGCGAAACGCUGUAUUAGAUGCAGGGAUGAACGUCAGGAACUACAAGGAUAAAGAAGACGCCUGUACUCUCAUUAUGGAGGACCUCCAAAGGUGCGUGGAUGAAGAUUUCCCGCUGGGAACAGAGCUGACCCCCAUGCAGCGGGAGCGGGAGCACCACAUGGCGUUUGCCGAAGCGCGCAGGCGCGUGUACAUCGGCAGGCAGGAGUACUUUGACAAGAUCGACGCCUUCAUGGCGGGGAACAAGUCUACUCCUCUGGUCCUAGUUGGUGAGUCUGGGUCAGGCAAGUCUGCCCUGGUGGCGAACUGGGUCUCCAAAUACGAGCAGGCGCACCCUGAUCACUUCGUCUUCGUCCACUUCAUCGGGAGUUCUGCCGAGAGUUCCAACCAUGUGACUCUGGUCAGAAGGCUGAUGGAAGAGCUGAAAGCCUUCUUCAACCUGUCCAUGACUGUGCCGACGUCUGACACGAUCCUGGUCCGGUCCCUGCCAAUGUGGUUACGGAUGGCCGGGAUAAUGGGCAGGGUCCUCAUAGUCAUGGACGCCCUGAACCAGCUAGACAGCGGCACGGCACUGGUCGGGGAAGGUGAUGAGCACGACUUGUUGUGGAUCCCGAAAGAAACGCCACCUGGCGUCAGCAUGCUGCUCUCCACCUUACCGGGCAGGGCGAUGGAGGCUGCCUCUGCGAGUGGAUGGGAAACUUUUGCUGUGCAGCCUCUGCAACCCGAGGAGAAGUCUGCUAUCAUCAAGGGGUACCUGGAGGACAUGUACACCAAGACGCUGUCAGAAGAGCAGAAACAGCUCAUCCUUGACGCUCCGCAGACCAACAACCCGCUGUACCUGAAGGCCUUGUUAGAUGAGAUGCGCUUGUACGGUGAGUUUGAGACGGUGACCACCCGGAUAAAGCAUUAUCUUGAGGCGGAGAAUCCCGGCGUCCUUUUCGGCAAGAUCUUGGAACGCCUUGAGAAUGACUUUGAGACAGGAGUCAACACCAGAAAAGACCUUGUUCGGCUUUCCACGUCUGCCAUCUGGUGUUCCCAUCGUGGGUUAUCAGAGGAAGAAAUGGUCACCCUUCUGGACGUACCAUCCGUUGUCUGGUCUCCCUUCUACCUCUCCUUGGACGACAACCUGAUCAAUCGGAACGGCAUCCUGAACUUCUUUCACGACCAUCUCCGCCAGGCUGUGGAGGCCAGGUACCUGCCGUCCGCGGAGGACAAGCGGCUGAAGUACCUGGAACUGGCGGAUUACUUCGCCACGAGGGAAGUCGACGACAGAGUUGUGGACGAGCUGCCGUUUCUUCUGUCCAAGGCUGGCGAAAUGGACCGCCUCAGAGCGACCAUCACGAACCUGCUGAUCUUCCAGCGGAUGAUGAAGUCCGUAGAGGGGACCUUCAACCUCAUGAAGUACUGGCAACAGGUUGGAGGCUAUGAGCGAGCAGAAGCAGAUUAUCUUAAGGCCUUGUCGGAGGAGCCUCAGGGAACGUCCGAUCAGGAAAAGGAAGACAGGGUCGCGCUUCUUCGGAGCAUGGCAGCGUUCUUCGUCAAAGCAGGACUGCUGAAAAGUGCAAGAUCUUUGUACGAAGAGUUGCUUGAAAUGCUUGAAAGUCGUUAUCUGGACACCCAUGGCGCAGUAGUGUACCACCCAAGGAACUUCUCAUUCCAACACAAGUGCAAGCACACCGAUGUUCUGGACAUUCUGCACAGCCUGGGAAACGUGUGUGAGCGGCAGAUGGAGCUGAAACGUGCUGAAGAGUUCUACACAGAUGCUCUGGACCGUCAAACCAGGCUAGACACGCCCAAAGAGAAGCUCUACCUAGUGAAAGGGCUUCUCGGUCUAGCAUCUGUGAAGAGUCUGAAGGAAGACCAGAAGGAAGCGAAGAAGCUGCUCCUUCGUGCCAAGGAGGUGACGACCAGCGUGUUGGGGCCUCACCAUCACUAUGUGGCAUCCAUUGUGGGACAGAUUGGUCAAGUCUGCUACAAACAGGGCCGUGUGGACGAAGCCCUGGGUUUCUACCUGCAGGAGCUGAGCAAGGUGCGGGCCAUCCACGGCGCCAGCCACCCGCGCACGGCCGGCGUGCUGAACAGCAUCGCGCUGGUGUAUGACGACAAAAACGACGAACGCGCCGGGGAGAUCUACGAGACAGCCCUGGCCACCAUGGCGCAGGCGUAUGGAAACAACCAUGUGGAUGUGGCUAUCAUUAGGUACAACCUGGGAGCGUUUUACUUUGCCACGAGUCACUACGCGAGGUCGAAGUACCAGUUUGAGCAGGCAGCGGCAGUGUUCGAGUCCUUCCUGGGUCCUGACCACCCUGAUACAGCACAGGCUAAGGAGGCCAGGGACACCGCAGCUGCUUUUGUCAAGGAAUAACAUGCAAGGCUGUACUGGAAUAUGUUGCAGACAUUUUAAUGAUGUUAAUUUUAUACACAUAUAUGUAAUACUAUGUGAAAAUUGUUAUGUUAUUGUGUGUACCACAGGAUAUUACUUAUACUUUAUAUGCUAAGCAGGCCAUGGCCUGCAGCUGCUUUUGUCCACAAAAUUUUUCAAAGAUGCGCGGUUGUACAGAAAUAUGUAUGUCUCAAAUAUUUAGAUGGUGUCCAGUUUGUACAUUUAUUGUGUGCCACUGUCCCAAGAUAGUACUUAUAUACACAUUUGUAACCUUUGAUAAAACAUUUCAGCUUGUGCUAUGUGUCACCAUUCCCACAAUAUCUAUAU